UGCUGCUUAGGAGUGCGGACUGCGCGGCUGUCGUGCGCCGGCCUUGCGGCUCCCGGCUUAUCCACGCGGACCGCGACUGCCGAGGGAGGCGCGGCUCGUCGCCGCCGCAGCCUCGGGGAGCCGCGCUUGCUGCCGAGAGCGAGGCCCUGCCUAGGGCGUUAGUGUCCCGGCGCCAGUUUGCAGGGCCCAGGGCCGCCUCGCAGCCAUGAGCUACGGCCGCCCGCCUCCCGAUGUGGAGGGCAUGACCUCCCUCAAGGUGGACAACCUGACCUACCGCACCUCGCCCGACACGCUGAGGCGCGUCUUCGAGAAGUACGGGCGCGUCGGCGACGUGUACAUCCCGCGAGACCGCUACACCAAGGAGUCCCGCGGCUUCGCCUUCGUCCGCUUCCACGACAAGCGUGACGCCGAGGACGCCAUGGACGCCAUGGACGGGGCCGUGCUGGAUGGCCGCGAGUUGCGGGUGCAGAUGGCGCGCUACGGCCGCCCGCCCGACUCGCACCACAGCCGCCGGGGCCCGCCACCCCGUCGGUACGGCGGCGGCGGCUACGGACGGCGGAGCCGCAGCCCUCGGCGCCGCCGCCGCAGCCGGUCCCGAAGCCGGAGCCGUUCCAGGUCCCGAAGCCGCUCUCGCUACAGCCGCUCCAAGUCUCGGUCCCGCACUCGGUCGCGCUCGCGGUCCACCUCCAAGUCCAGAUCUGCGCGGAGAUCCAAGUCGAAGUCCUCGUCGGUCUCCAGGUCUCGCUCGAGGUCCAGGUCCAGGUCGAGAUCCAGAAGUCCUCCCCCCGUGUCCAAGAGAGAAUCCAAGUCUAGGUCGCGGUCCAAGAGCCCCCCCAAGUCUCCAGAAGAAGAAGGAGCUGUUUCCUCUUAAGAAAAUGCUGCGGUCUCCUGUUUGAUAAAAGAAUAUUGGCCAGUAUUGCAGAUUUUAACUGAUUUGGCUGAUCCUCCAGGGACCAGUUUCUGUGGGCGUGUAUUGGAGCAGGUUUGUCUUUAAAUGUUAAAGAUGCACUAUCCUCAUAGAGACAAACAAUCAGUUCAACUGUUGUUGUACUGACUGGGACUUCUUACUCUAAUGGAUGUGGCAAAGGAAUUGCAAUUGAGAAGCAGUGAACUUUUUUGGAACCCCAAAAGAAAGUUACAGGUAUUGCACUGGGUGGGGAAAGGAUAGUGUGUCUUUAACUCUAAAAUUGUUUGGUCCUGUUUUUUUUUAAAGGAAAGGGCCCUCUCAGUAGCUGAUUUAAGAACAUCCUCAACUGCCAAAUAGUUUCAUUUUCAAACAUCUUAAAGUGUAGACUAAUUUCUGAUAGCAAGUUUUUGUUUGGAUACAGCCCCACCCUGCCCUCCCGUUUUUUCUUUUUCUCCCCUUGCCAUUUUUUUUUCUGCCUUGGUUAGUUGGCCAAGAAUCAUUGGAACAUGUGCUGGUGGUAGCCUUUGGGGGAAAUUCCCGUUUGGGCCUUUAAAAAAUGAAAAUGGCCGGGUGGAACCUUCUGUAACCUACUUGUUUCACCAGAGCCUUAGUAAGUACGUGCCUGAUACUGAAGCCAUGUGCACUUUGGUACAUUUGUAGUGGUGGAAGGUAAGCUGAACCUUUUUCUUUUCAAACCUAGAUGGAUCGGCAAGCAGCUUAACAGGACUUUAGGAGAAAGGACCACAAACUCAGUCCAUCGGGUCCGUGGAAGAGUCCUUGGAACAAGCAACUGGCUAUUAAAAAGGUUAUUUUGUAACAUUUGUCUAACUUUUUACUUGUUUUAAUCUGCCUCAGGUGGCAAGCUUCAUUUUAUGUGCCAUUUUGUUGCUGUUAUUCAAAUUUCUUGUAAUUUAGUGAGGUGAGCGACUUCAGAUUUCAUUAUUGGAUUGGAUAUUUGAGGUAAAAUUUUAUUUUUGUUUAUAGUGCUGACUUUUUUUGUUUGAAAUUAAACAGAUUGGUAACCUAAUUUGUGGCCUCCUGACUUAAUAAGAAAACGUGUACAGCCAUUUACACAGCCUAAAGCUGUCAGCAGAUUGACUCGACAUUGCCUUCACUCCUUAAAAUUAAAAACCUACGAAAGUUGGUGUAAUUUGUUUAUAUAUGUUAUUUACCUUCAGGUCUAAAAUGAUAAUCUGAACCCAAAUUUGUAUAAAGACUUUUCAGGUGAAAAGACUUAUUUUUUUUUUAAAGGAUUGUUUACCCAACACAAUUCUAAUCUCUUCUCUUAUGUAUUUUUGUGCACUAGGCGCAGUUGUGUAGCAGUUGAGUAAUGCUGGUUAGCUGUUAAGGUGGCGUGUUGCAGUGCAGAGUGCUUGGCUGUUUCCUGUUUUCUUCUGAUUGCUCCUGUGUAAAGAUGCCUUGUCGUGCAGAAACAAAUGGCUGUCCAGUUUAUUAAAAUGCCUGACAACUGCACUUCCAGUCACCCGGGCCUUGCAUAUAAAUAAUGGAGCAUACAGUGAGCACAUCUAGCUGAUGAUAAAUACACCCCCCUUUCCCUCAAAAAAAAAUAUGGUAAAUCUGAUCAUCCUCAUGUAUGAACUUUAAAAUCAGAAAAUGUUAAGGAAGCAAAUGGUUUGUAACUUUGUAAGUACUUAAAACAUGGUGUAUCUUUUGCUUAUGAAUAUUCUGUACUAUAACCAUUGUUUCUGUAGUUUGAUUAAAGUGUUUUCUUGAUGUAA